CGUGGUAUUGUCGUAACUAAAGACACUAUAAAAGUUAUCGAGAUGUGGGGGAACCGUUUCAGUUGUUUGACGGCCGCACCACCAGCGACAGCAGCAGCAGCAGCAACAGCAUUUGCCACCGAUAGUUAUAGUUAACCGGGAGAUCGUUAUAUUCGUAUUCACAUUCGCAUUCGCAUAUGAGAAAUUAUGCAAAACUGAAAGCGACCAGAGACAAAAACAAACACGCGCGUAUCCAUUUCCCAGCAUCAAUUAAAGAACCAUAAACAGAACAAUCGGAGAUUGCAAAUCUAUAAACAACAAUGCCAGAAUCGAGAAUUUUUCAAAAACUUUUACUAUUGCUGCCGCUUGCCUAUACAAAGCAUCCACAACUAACACAUAAUGAUGAUGGCGAUCAUCAUGUGCAACAUUGGAACUACGAAUAUCAUGGAGAGAACUGGGGUGGCACAUGUCGGACGGGAUUACGACAAUCCCCCAUAAGAUUGGCCGCUCAUAAAUCGCUGAUCGUACCACUGCCGCGGAUUGUGUUUGGGAACUACGACACAAAGCUGCGAACUCCACUCAAAUUGGUGAACAACGGCCAUUCGGCUCACAUGGACAUACCCGAAACGCUUGACAACAGCAGACCAUUCAUAGCUGGAGGCCUCCUCAAGGGUCGGUACAUUGCGGAGGGACUUCAUUUCCAUUGGGGAUCGCCGAACUGGCGGGGAUCUGAGCAUUCCAUCAGAGACCAACGCUUUGAUGUGGAAAUGCACAUUGUUCAUAGGAAUUCAAGGUACGCGGAUCUCAGCGAGGCCUUAAAGCAUAAAGAUGGCGCCGCUGUGAUUGGAGUUAUGUUGAAAAUUGUCCAACAACCAGAUAGCAUUUUUCCCGGUCUGAACAAAAUCUUUGCUCAGCUUCCAAAGAUCAAGAAAUACAAACAGGAAGCGACUAUCGUGGGGAGCCUUACAUUGGGCCAAGUGCUCGGAAAUUUGAACACCCGCGACUUUUUCACGUACAAGGGAUCAUUGACGACGCCGGAAUGCGAAGAAUCCGUUACCUGGACCGUGUUCUCCCAGCCCCUGCCCGUAAGCUUUGCAGCUGUGUCGCGAUUUUGGAACCUGCGCAGCACUGACGGUUAUAGAUUGAUCAACAAUUAUCGAAAUAUCCAGGCCCGGAAUAGCCGUCCCGUGUACUAUCGAACCAGCCCGAAUCAGAUAAACAAUUUUAUUGGCUAUUAAUGAUCAUUGGAGGAUCAAAAAUAGGAGCGAAACAUACAUUAACAUAUGUAUACAUAAUUAUUUAUUUGAUUUUUUAGGAUAA